GUACUGAGGCACCUGGCUAGGUGACACUUGUGAAAUGCCAGCCAGAGAGCCAAUAUCUCAAGCGAGACAUACUUGCUCUACUGCCUGGCUUGGAGAGCAGUAACAGUAGCAGCAAGAGAAGAUCCUGGCUAAGGACAAGGAGCAGAGAGGGAUCAGCAGGAAGCAAAAGAGGACCUAGAGGUUUAUUCUGUCUUCCUAGAACCAGGAGAAGACUGUUAAGGCUAAAAUGAAGGCAUCGUGGAUGCAGUCGAGACAUAGCUGGUGAGGUCCAGUGGUGGUCCCUAACUUCCAUACCUAGAAAUACCACUCCCCUUGCAACAUCUUGCUAUCUCCCAUUGCACUCUUCUGCAUGGCUCCUACUCCUCCCUACAACUUCCAGGGCAAGAGGACUCUGCUGGCCAGAGUAGUCCUCCUAUGGACCUUCGUGGCCUGGGUUGAGGGAAGACCAGGGUGCCCUUCCUGCCGGAUGCCCCCUUUAGAGCCCAGCGCAGAGAAAGCCUUCCUGGUGGAAGUAGCCAAGCAGCAGAUCCUGCAGAAGCUGAACCUCAGCCAGAGGCCCAACAUCACCCAUCCUGUGCCACGUGCCGCCGUCGCCAAUGCAUUGCGGCGACUGCACCUGGGCAAAGGCCGGAUGGAUGGAGCCGGGCUCUCUUCCAGAUGGGAGAAGCCCGAGCCGGAUGAGCAAGGCUACGAGAUCAUCAGUUUUGCAGAAACAGAGCCUUCUGGGCUACUACAGUUCCAGCUUACGCAAACAGAAGGCCAAGACAUGCACAUCCUGCAGGCCCAGCUAUGGCUGUAUCUCAAGGCCCAUCGAAACAUCACUCUACAGGUCUACCUGGCAGGGCAUGAGCGAGUGGCCCUGGGGGAGCAGCAGUUGGGAAGCAAGGGCAGCAGCUGGCACACCUUCUCCCUCAUGCCAGGCUUGCAGAACUUCUUUCAGCGCAAGGAGAAAGCCCUUCAAUUGGAGCUGCAGUGCAAAGGCUGCCAUCCCAACAUCACAGCCUUGGUGACAACCACUGGCAGCUCUCACCAGCCCUUCCUCGUGGUGAAGGCCAAAAUGCGGGAGCCUAGCCAUCAGAUCACCAAGCGCAGCCUGAGCUGUGACCAGAAUUCUGAGGUUUGCUGCCGAAAAGACUAUUAUGUUGACUUCCGGGACAUUGGUUGGAAUGACUGGAUUUUCAAGCCAGAGGGCUAUCAGAUAAACUAUUGUAUGGGUGAAUGCCCCAUGCACCUGGCUGGCACGCCUGGCAUUGCAGCCUCCUUCCACACCACUGUCUUCAACUUGGUCAAAGCUAACAACAUUCAGACUGCUGGCCGUUCUUGCUGUGUCCCUACCCAGCGACGGGCCCUUUCUCUGCUCUACUUUGACCCCAAUAGCAACCUCAUCAAGACUGACAUCCCUGACAUGGUAGUCGAUGCUUGUGGUUGCAGCUAAGGACAGGACUAUAGUCAAGGGGGGAAAUGCAAAGGGGCAGAGAGGGAGAUGUGGGUUACAGGCCCUCUACUCCUGGGAGACACCCAGGCAUGGCAGUGAAAAAGAUGAUGCUCCAAUCCAAGUAGCAGGGUGGGCAUAUGUGGACUCUUUGCAGAGAGCAACAGUGGUUUCUGUAGAGGAAAGGAAACUGCAGCAGGAUUCCAACUCUUCUACCUUCCUACCUGCCUAGGUGUACAAAUCACAGAGAAAGUGCUCAGUCCCUUCAGCCAACAGGUUUCUUUAUUUCCAAAUCAGGUUUGCCUUCAGGCGGUGGCUACUUCAUAGUUUUUUCGAAUUCUACACCCUGCCACUUGACCUCCUCCCCUUCCCCAUCUCGCUGUGGUGCUGGGCAAAACUCAGAAGAUUUUGUGUUUUGGCCACAUUAGCCAUUUUGGCUAGGGAUUUCUGGUGCUGUAGUCCAAUAAAUACAUUUUCCAACCUCUAGCUCUAGGGUUGGGUAGGUUUCCAGGCAAGGGAAAGGGCAGAAGAACAUCCCCUACAACAAAGUUGUAGACCAAGAUACAUAUAGUUGUUUUGUGCCUUCAACUCACUUUUGAGUUAUAGUGACCCUAUAGGGAACCUAUAAUAGGGUUUUCUUGGUAAGAUUUGUUUAGAGGGGGUUUGCCACUGACUUCCUCUCAGGCAAUUUGCUCAGUGGAUUUCCAGAGCUGUGUGGGAAUUUGAAUCCUAGGACCCAUCCAGACAGGCCCUAUAUCCCAGGAUGUGAUUCUAGGUUUUCUGUGUAUCCAGAUAAUCUGGCAGUGUGGACUCAUAUAAUCCAGUUCAAAGCAGAAAACCUGGGAUCAUAUCCUGGAAUGUAGGGCCUGUCCGGAAGGGCCCUUAGUCUCCAGAGUUACAGUCUAGUGCUCAAACUACUACACAUCGCUGGUUCUCAGAAAACACAUGCUUAUCUUAAUUCAUUCCCUUUUCGUGCAAUGCAUUUUGAUGCAUGCAACAAAAUUCCAAAAGAAAGAAAAAAAGAAA